CGCCAUUCGCGGCUGGGUUGGGUCGCGGCGGUAGGAGGCGGGCCGCUGCUGCGAUUUGCCUGUUUUGUUUGCCGAACGAAGCGCCUUCGUUUUACUAUCGAGGUACACUGCAACUUGUGAAACUACUCUUUUGUGCUGUGCUCCAUCGGGAUGCCAUUACUAGCGACAUUUAUCCUUCUAGUGAGUGUCAGAGCUGCUCAGUCUGCUAGUGGUGGAAGCGUUGCCGAAGCUCAUUUAAAUAAAUCAACGGCACAGGAUAAGGAAUGGGAGGUGACGCCUGUCUCAGACACUCCUCUCGAAGGAGCUGACGCUUCGACCGUAGCGAAACCACUGAUAAACGACUAUCUGAUGACUGCUCUGGGCUCUCUGCAUCAGCUGCUGCAUGACACUAAUCACAGGCUCGCCGACAUCUUCAGUCGCCAGGAGAGCCUCGCUGAAGCUCUGGUUACCAUCUCCAGUCGCCAGGACAGCUUCGCUGAAGCUCUGGACACCCUCGCCAGCCGCCUGGACACUGGAGCGGCCGCCCGGCGUGGUGUGGUGCUGGGAGCGCCGUGUCGCGCGGACACCGAGUGCGGAGAUCUGCGGCCAGACGCGGAGUGCGGCGCCGACGGCCAGUGCCGGUGUGCGGAGGGUCUCCAGGAGGUGGUCGCCGGCCGGUGCCUGCCCUACCCGCGUCUCUCCGAGUCGUGCCGCCGGGACGCAGACUGUCUGGGCGCCGUGGCUGACUCGACAUGCACUGACGGUGUGUGCUCCUGCCGCUGGGGACUGGUGGUUGACGCCGGCGCGUGCCGCAAGCCGCGGCUCUCUGAGCCCUGUAAACUCUCUGAUCACUGCGACAGUCAAAACGCAAUGUGUGACAACGACUUUCACUGCUCUUGUCUGUUCGGCUACUGGAACGACGGCAACAUCACCUGUCGGCCCUACCCCCGACUGGCAGAGUCGUGCAACAGCACCGCUGAGUGCGAGGUCCUCACAACCAACGCCACGUGUGUGAAAGGCAAGUGCGCUUGUCCCAAAGGAUUCUGGGAGCGCAGAAAUGACGCAUGCUCUCCAGGAGCUGGGUACGGAGAGCGCUGUGACCAAGAAGCUGAAUGUUUCGUAACAUCUGCAAGGUUCGAGUGCGAAUAUAUACGAGGCAUUUGUCAAUGUGCCGCCACGGGCAAGAACUCUGGCUAUUCCGGCAUGAAAUUUAGAAUCGGCAACAGCAGCAGUUGCCAGGACGGAAUUAUCGAGAUUUUCGACACCAGGAACUACUUCUGGCGGCCCUACACAGUGUGUGGUGACCUGACGGACACCGAUGCUCAGGUGCUCUGUCGCAGUUGGGGCUUUCCUCACGGCGGGACUAUAAGUCAGCGUCAUGCUAUCCCAGGGUCAGGGCAUGCCGAUAGAAAAAUAUCCUGCUCCGGAUCGGAAGAAACAGUUGACGACUGCCGAUUGUACACACCCGACUACUGUUUCAGUUCGGAGACCCAGCCCACUAGCGCUGAAGUGAGCUGCGCUGACUAAGAGAUUGCUUCAUGCAUGAAUGUAACAAUGUACUAACCGUCAACGUGCGCCUGGGAAUACUCAGCCAAGAAAUGUUUUAAGACGCCAUUAUCAGCUUCAAGUGAGAGCAACGAGACAUGUUGCAGGUCUAGCUGUUUUGCAGUAAUGCUGGUCGGUAAAGGUUGCUGUGUGCUGUUGUCUUGUGUUUACUUUGACUAACUUAUCGCCACAUGCGAAUAAUGCGUCAUAUAUUCAACACCGUAUUCAUUAACGGUCUUAGCAUUAGCAUCAUUAUUCAAGUAUAAUAUGUAUUUAUAAAAUAUUUUUGGGUAGGAUAAUGGGCACUGUGUAUAUACCAACUAACCGGCUUAUGUACGUCUCAGCUCUCCCACCUCGCUCCCGCCCGCCACAGUCAGACCAUGAUGCCGCUAGACUCGGGAUUUCCAGUUUCGUGUUGUUGUUACUGGUGUCUCUAGGAACUCAGCGGGAGUGGCCGUCUGUUGUUAAUACCGUCUAAGAAGUAAUGACUGAUGACAGACAUAACUAGCUGAAUGGUGUUUUUGGUUAUUGGGGGACACCCAUUUCAGGGUGCCCGCAGAGAGAGAGAAAGGAUGUGCCGCCUCAACUUCCAUGGUUCGCUACGAGACGUUUUUGCUACGUACUACAUAUCCUUAUUGGUAAUUAGUUGUCAUCUUUUAAGUGAAUAGCUAAGCGCCCAAUCGGUACUUAUCUAUGCAAUUAUUUUCGAGCUUACCUACCGUAAUUUGAAUAAAGUUAUGUUGUUAAGAAGCGUGAUAAGUGCACCAUCUAUUGUCAUUUAAGUCAAAUUAAUAUUGGGAUAUUUUCAAGUAUGUCUAAAGUAUAUGUUACAAACGGCG